UCACACAUCCGGGUAGAAUCGCGGUGCCACGUCUGGUUCCUGCGCCUCAACAUCCGGGAGCUUGAGCGCCUCGAGCCCGCCGCGGCCGGUACACUUUUCCGUCUCGUUUGCGGAGAUAAGUCGGUAGCGGCCUCCGCUUCCCGGCUUCCUCCAGGUCCGGAUACCCGCCCGUCCCCAGGCAAGGCAAGGCCAGGCCAGGCCAGGCCAGGCCAGGCCCCGAGCCGGCAUGUGGGUCAGGCUGUUGCUGCAGCUGCUGUGGGCCCAGCUCCUGGUGCCGUUGGUGCGCGGCUCCGAGCUCACCUUCGAGCUACCCGACAACGCCAAGCAGUGUUUCUACGAGGACAUCGUGCAGGGGACCAAAUGCACACUGGAGUUCCAGGUCAUUACUGGUGGUCAUUACGAUGUAGACUGUCGGUUGGAAGAUGCUGAUGGUGCAGUUUUGUAUAAAGAGAUGAAGAAACAGUACGACAGUUUCACCUUCACAGCUGCUAAAAACGGAACUUAUAAGUUCUGUUUCAGCAAUGAGUUUUCCACCUUCACACACAAAACCGUGUAUUUUGAUUUCCAGGUUGGGGAUGAUCCUCCUUUGUUUCCCAACGAAAACAGAGUUUCGGCACUGACUCAGAUGGAGUCAGCUUGUGUCACAAUGCACGAAGCUAUGAAGUCUGUGAUCGAUUAUCAAACCCAUUUCCGUCUAAGGGAAGCACAAGGCCGAAGUCGUGCUGAAGACCUGAACUCGAGGGUGGCUUUUUGGUCCAUAGGAGAAGCUCUUAUCUUGUUGGUUGUGAGUCUUGGCCAGGUGGUUCUCCUCAGGAGCUUCUUCUCAGACAAAAGAACCACUUCCACACGUGUUGGUUCAUAACGAGUAGCCAUGGCACAAGGUCUAAGCAGUACCUAACAGUUUUCAGUUCAGUGACUUGUUUGUUUGAAGAUUAGGUCCAGGAAAGCUGUUAAGAUUAAAAUCCUUAUUGAACUGAUUUUCUCAUCACUUUGGACUAUUCAGCAGGUCAGAGACUAAGAUAUUGUAAUUUUACUACAACUGGAUGCCUAACAGAUAUCUGCAUCAUGGACUCUGUCCACUAGGGAGCAAAUCCAUUCGUAGUUAAUUUUGCUUGGUUAAAUGAUUCAUGCAUUUUUUGAAACAAAGUAGUAAAUGAUGUACCUCAUCCUUUGCAAUCAUAUGAAUGAAGAUAUGGUUCUUGGGGUGUUUUGAAGACGUCAAAACUAAUUUAAAGCCCAACAAGCCUCACUUAUCACUGAUUAGUCUGUUCGACAUCCAGGUGUUUUGAGACCUUUCUCAAACAAGCAGCAGCAAUCACGCUGAAUUGUCACUUAUUAUGUUUUGGUUUGUUAAAGUGAUGUAACAAUUGAAAUACUGUGGCAAUUCUUUAGCAUAUGGUUCUUGGCAUUCAGAAGCAAUUUUUGUACCAUUUCCAUUGGAUGUGCACACAUGACAGUAUUUCAGAAUAAAUCUAGUCAGGUUACAUCUUGUAAAUGUUUUACCUAUUUUAAGAUACCCCUUAAAUUUAAGGUUUUCUAAUAGAGUUAUGAUUACAGUGGAACAACCCUUUUAAAAGUUUCAUCACUUAGAAAAAUGUGCUUUUCAAGGCAAGAUAUUGUUUUAUAAUAAACUUUCUGGUCUUUAGUUUUGUGAAACCUUGUUUGUUUGUGUACAUUGUUUCUUGUUUGAAAUUACUGAGUGUUGAGUAAACCAAACCAGUGAGGAUUAAAAGAGGAAUUUGGGGUUAUUGUAUAUGCCAGGAUGUAAAUUUCUUUCUGCUUAGAAGUGUAAAGGGGGUAACAAAUUAUCCAUGGCAUGUUUUCACAUUGGCUGAGUGGAACUGAAAAAAUAUAUUUUAUUUAGGGUCAAGCCUUUAUAAGAAUUGUUGGCUUCUUUAAAGGAAGGACAGAAAUCACUUUUUUAUAAACUGUAAUCAAUGGAUAUGAUAAAUAAAUGCAUUAACACUGUUCCACAAACUCUUCAAAUUCGGUGGCAGGUCAGUGGUAAAUGUUUCAAUUGGAAAACAAUUGGGGCUAUAUUUUUUUUGCUGAUCUUUUGUGCUUAAGACUUGUAGGCUUAAUGCUGUCCAGCUAAUGAUUUGAUUUCCCCCUCCCACCCCCAGAAAUCUCCCUGUAUCGUUAAUUGCUCACUUAAAUAAUUAUAGAAGUUUGGCCUUGCACAGUUUAUUUAGUACUUGGUUUGAGUGAUUUGUACACUAAUGGACAUCUGUUAUAUGGUACAAAUGGUGCAAGCUGACUUCUCAACUAUAAGACCUGCUGUGGCAGUACAUCUGCUGGAAUUACAAACCUGAUCAGUACUUCUAAUAAGAGUAUAGUAACUGUUUAAAAUGUGUACCUAAGAUAACUUCUUGUGUUCAAAACUGUAGUUUGUUUCAUUUAAUUAAAAAUGUUCACAUUGCACUGUAAAUUCUGAAACAAUGAGUGCUUAAUUUUAUUUUGUAUGAAUGCAAACACAGGAUUUGUUACAAAUGCAUAAAUUAUUGAAAUACAAAACAUUGUAUUGAUAAGCAUUGUGCAUUUUGUGUUUAUAUUAUGUCAUUUAGCAUAAACCACUAACUAAUGGAUCCUACUCAUUAUCCAGUUUCAUUCACUUUUCAGGCAUUGAAAUGUAAACCUGCUUUGAUAAGGUUAUCAGGAAAUGUAAGAUACAAGGUCUGUAAAAUUGGACAAUAAAAAAAAAUGAUAAAAUUGUGCAUCUGAUCAGUUCUGAAAAAUCUUGAAUAUACAUAGAAGUAAUGGAUUUUAUUGUAGGCCAGCAGGGUAAGUGUUUAUGGAAAAUCGUGAGUGAAAAGAAAUUCUGCAACAAACUUGCAGUUAUGUAGGACAUUUGUUGUACAUCUUCACAGAAGCACUAUCAAAUAAAAUUUCACACCACACCCCAGAAAAGAUACUAGGGGGUGGGUGAUCAUAAGCUUGGACAAAGAAGUAGAUUUUCAGGACAGUUUUAAAGGAUGUAGAGGGGCAAAGCUAUAGGGAGAAAAUUCCUGAGCUUCAAGCCUUGGCAACUGAAAUCGAGACUGCAAAUGGCGAAGUGAUUCAAAUCAGGGUUGCUCAAGAUUCCAGAAUUGGAGUUCAGAUAUCUCAGGGUUGUAAGGCUUGAGAUUAGAGAUAGGGAGAGGUGAGGACACAGAUUAGGAGGAUAAUUAUAAAAUCAAUGCAUUGCUCAAGGAACCAGUGUAGAUCAGUGAGGACAAGGUUGGAGAGUCGAAAGAACUUGGUGCAUGUUAACAUCCAAGCAGUAGAGUUUUGGAGUAACUCAAGUUUAUGAAGGGAAGGAAGAUGGGAGGUUGGAGCAUUGGAAUAGUCAAGUCUAGAGGUAAGUGAGGCAUGGAUGAGGUUUUCAGGAGCAAAUGAGCUGAGGCAGAGUCAGAUGAUGUCACAGGGAUGGAAGUAGGUGAUCUGUUUUUACUUAAAUGCAGAGUAAUUGUGUUGGAUACUGGACUUGAUACAUUUCUUCACUCAAAUGUUGUUUGCUUGGAUGAUACUGCAAUGGCAUUAAUACAGUCCAUAUCCCCCAACACAAGGUCUUCAGGCCAGGGAAGAAUAAAUGAUCCUACAAAAGACGUGCACUGUUUUCAACAUCCUGGUAACUUCAAUUACCAUAAUGUACUUGGGGUAAUGCACUGAACCAUUCUCCAUAACAGCUGACCUUUGAAAAAUUCAGUAUUUGUACCAUGCGAUGAUCAGUCAGCAAAAAAAAUCAAAAUGUACCUUACACAAUUUUCUGUCAGCAAUGUUUUGAAUAAAGAUAAUACUACAUGUACCCAAA